AUGUCGACGAGGCUGCGGCUGUGCUCCGCCGCGAUCCUGCUCGCUCCGUCGGCCGGUCUGCGCCUCUUCGCUCCGUCGGCCGGCCUGCGCCUUCGCGGGUUUGCUCGGCCGCUCGCCACCGCCGCGCCAUCGAUGAGCAUGGCGGAUGCGGCUCUCCCGACGCUCGAAGACCUCACCGACCCGCGCGAGUGGCUCGAGGAGGUGGAGGGCGACAAGCAGAUUGGCUGGGUCAAGGAGCAAAACGCCGAUGCGGUCGCGCGGAUCGGAGAGCCGUCCGACAAGCCGCUGUACGGCCGGCUGCUCGAGAUCAUGGAGAGCGACGAGAAGAUCCCAUACAUCGGCCGCGUGCUCAACGGGCUCUACUACAACUUUUGGCAGGACGAGACGCACGUGCAGGGCAUCUGGCGGCGGU